AUGGAAGGAUCCAACAGCCCAGAGGCUGAGCAUACUGAGAAACCCGCGUCUCCCCAGAACGGAGGAAGCUCUGUAGACCAGAGCCCACUCCCACAAAAUGGUGACAAAAAACGCCAAUCUGACAGUGAAGAGCCAGAGCCCAAGAGAGCCCACCAAGAAGAAACGCCAGACUAUAUCCAGUCUCUUUCACGAAAGGAGAAUUCGGUAACACCUAGUCCAGCAUCAUCCUCUGUUUAUAAAGAAACAAAGAAAGAGCUUCCAGCAUGGAUGAAGAGCAAAGCACAGCCUUCUGAAGCCAACAAGUACGAUAAAUACGGUGGGAGAUCUUCAGCGGCACGUGAGCUGUCAGCAGCAUCCAAAUACGACAAAUACGCCAAGUAUGCCUCCAAGGACGACAGGUAUCUGAAGUACGGUGCUAAGGUAGACUCUCAAGAUGCUCGAGUAGUGAGACGUGCUGAUACAGAACCAGAAAAAGAUCCCCGCAGAGGUCCUAGUCAAAGAGAACCUAUAGAACCUCCUGUGGAAGGCCUGCCUGCAGUUGCAGCAUACACAAGUGUCCCAUCUUUGGGAGGAGCAGGCCAGAAGAGUGAGUACAGAACAUUUCAGAGUAGCAUUGCUCAUAAGGAAAAUAAGGAUAUCAACAGCAUUGUCAGACAGCACUACAACCAGCGAACCUUCCAGCUGCGGAUGCAGGGCUCCAGAACGAGGUCGCCGAUCUACAAGCUUAGAAACUUCAAUAAUGCCAUCAAGUACAUGUUGCUUGGAAACCAUGUCAAAAGACUGCUGCCUGGAGCCCAACUCGUGCUUCUAGACUUCUGCUGCGGUAAAGGUGGUGACCUAAAUAAGUGUGAGUUUGUGCAUGUGGACCAGUAUAUUGGCGUGGAUAUUUCGGAUGCUUCAGUUAAAGAAGCGUUUUCUAGAUACUCCCAGAACAAGGCUAGAUUCAUUCCCCAGAACCCCCAGGCUAAGCGGUCUCGUGAUUCUAAGCGCUACAACUUCGAGGCUUGCUUUACUACAGGUGAUUUGUUUACCUACUCGCUACCCGAGAUCCUAGAGCCAAACUUCCCUGGAAUCAUGGACGGCUUGUUCCCUGUGGACUGUGUCAGCGUUCAGUUUUCAUUUCACUAUGCAUGGGAGACGGAGUCCAAAGUCCGUACUGUACUCACCAACAUCACAAGAUCAUUGAGACCCGGUGGAACUUUCAUCGGAACGAUUCCGUCAUCCGACUUCAUCAAGGAAAAAAUUGUCAACAAAAACUUUUACGAGAAAAACACAUUCGGCAACGACUUGUACCAUGUUCGUUUUGAGAACGAUCCUCCAGAGGAUGGUGUUUUCCGUGAGCCUUUUGGUAACCGGUACGACUAUUUCUUGAAAGACGCAGUCGACGACGUGCCCGAGUACGUGGUGCCAUUCGAAUACUUCCGUUCGUUGUGCGAGGACUUCGGCUUGAUCUUGCGGUACAAAAAGAACUUCACAGAUAUCUUCAACCAGGAGAUACCGAAGUACUUUGGCAAGCUCAACAAGAACUUGAUCGACGGUAUGAAGCGUGCGGACGGAAAGUAUGGCGUGGAGGGCGCCGAAAAGGAAGCUGUGGCAUUUUAUGUGGGCUUCGUCUUUGAAAAGCUCGGCAAUUAA